CCCCGCCCCCUUCCUCUCAGUUCAUCGGUGCCGAGCUUGCUUUCCCCUCCUUCCUCCCCCAGUGGUUGGGGGGCUAAACCCUAGCCCUCUCGUUUUCUCUCAAGGAUCUAUGUCAAUUAUGCUUGUCCCAAUGAAUCUGUGUUGUGGCAGAGUUUGGCCUGUCGGUAAAAGGUCAUACUCCUGAGGAACCUCUGAGAUGAAGCUGAUGGCACUUGGUCAUCUUGUCAAUCAUUUGAUGGAUUUGAUGUUAGUUGGCCCAUCAUGUGCUGGAUGCUAUUAAAACAUCCAUUUGUUUACACUAUCAGCUUCCAGGCUUUUGUUUGAGUAUAGACAAUAGCAUACCAUUUGUUCAAAUUUCUUGGUCCUGUUCAAGGCUCUGCAUAUUAAUUGCUGAAGUUGGAAACUCUUCCUCUAUCUCUAAAAUCUGUCAAAGAGGAAACUAUUAGUAUGGGGGCAUUUUGUUGUUGUCCAUGUUCAGAGGACUUUGAAGAAUAUGCCCAUCCAAGCAAUCCUAUAUACAGGCACUGCACAUGCUUGAGAUAUUUCUUUCACCAGCUGUUCAGUGGGUAUAGCACAAUGUUUCAAAGACUAGAGGGGUGGACAGUUGCUUCCCCUAUUCAAGCAGUAACUCCAUUGACAUCAACAGGCAUUGGCACCACUUCAGCUGACACUUCAUUGUCUGAGACAUACCACCUUGUCCCUCGACCUCUACCAUAUGAUACAGAUUCUGGAUUUUCUCGUUCACAACGUGAUGGGUUGGUUUCUAGGAGGGAGAAGUCUAUGAGCCACUUACAAGAACUGCAACAGACCCUUAGAAGAAAUGGAAGUAGCUCUGCAGUUGAACAUUUAGGUUCUAUUAGAAAAAGGAACAGUGCAGAAACUGAAGAAGAAUGCAAAGCUAGCCAUUCUGAAUCAGAGAAAAAUCUGUAUGCAAAAGCAUAUGGUACUGGUUAUGUGAUAGCGACUUCAGAAGAUGAAGAUGUUUGCCCUACAUGUCUUGAUGAAUAUACUCCUGAAAAUCCAAAGAUUGUGACAAAAUGCUCUCAUCAUUUUCAUCUAAGCUGUAUAUAUGAGUGGAUGGAAAGAAGUGACAGUUGUCCAAUUUGUGGCAAGGAGAUGGAAUUCUGCGAGAGCCCAUGAUUUAAAUUUAUCUUCUCUACAAUUUGGUUGAGAUACCAGAGCAUGUAGUGGAGGGAGUGUUUGUAAAUAAAAGUUCUGCAGGCUCAGCAGUGAGGUACCAACUGAGGGAGUACGAUACUCAAAUAUAUCGGCAUGUCCAUGAGUACGCAUCGGUUAACAUUAGUGUUUUCAGAUGCUACUGUUGUACCUUGUAUCCUAAGCUGAAAGUUUUGGGAGCUGUGGUACUGUCUCUGAUAAUAAAAGCAGUGUUGCAAAGCCUUGUGCCUUCGCUUGUGCUGUUUAUUCUUUUUUCCCUAUUUUCAUAUUAAAUGGAAAUCUUGGAUUAAAAAAAAAUCAAAUAUCAGAGAAGUUCGAUGGAGCAACGACUAA